AUGUUAGGUGAUUUUAAGCAGCUUCUGGUUAUUUUCAUAGAAAUAAUCGUAUGCUACUCUCUUGACUCUUCUACCGUUGUCUUAGCAAUGAAUGCAGGUGGUGGAGCUUAUACCUCGACAUUUGGCUUUGCAUAUUCUCCUGAUAGCUAUUACACUUCAGGCUCUAAUGCUUAUUUUGAUGGAUCUCUCGCUAUUUCACGCACAGUAAAUGACUAUAUUUAUCAAUCAGAAAGGGUUGCAACUGGAACUUGAGGAUAUGAUAUCCCAGUCAGUCCUGAUGGGGCGUAUGUGCUUAUUCUUCAAUUUUCUGAAAUUUAUUUCACACAAACAGGAAAAAGAAAAUUUACAGUAAAAAUUGGAAGUUAUGUUGUUUAUUCAAAUUUAGACAUAGUGGCAGCUUCAAGCUAUAAUGCUGCUUUUGACCUGUUUACAGAAUUUACACUUACAAGUGGAAGUGUUUAUAUUGGCGGAAAUUUGAUUUCUGGAGCAUUUUCUGGCGGCAUUCUUAAUGUCAGAUUUACUCCAAGUUUAGAAUUAGCAAAAAUUGCUGGAAUACUUUUAAUAAGAGGAAAUUGCGCUAUAGCAGACAAUUGCAAUCAAUGCUACACAGAUAGAUGCGCUGUGUGCAAUAACCCAACAUUGACAUGCGCAACUUGCAUUGCCAAUGCCCAAGCUGUCAGUGGGGCAUGCCAAUGCAGCUCAAAUGCCUAUUGAGUUUAUGCAACGAGAACCUGUGAGAAAUGUGACAAUUUAUGCAACGUUUGCUCUGGCUCAAUGAACUUUUUAUGCACAACCUGCGUAUCUCCAAAUGUUCUAGUUUCAAGUGUAUGUUUAAGAGCAUGCCCUUAUGGAUUCGGCUCGCCUUGCACUUCAGUUUCUACAGCUGUCAUUGAUCAAAGCUUUGCUAAUUAUUUUUUAGGAACUUAUGGCCCUUUUAAAACAGGAACAAGCUCAAGCAGCUAUCAAUUUUUUAAUACCCCAGAAACAGUAGAUCCCAUUCCAGCUAAAGGUAGAGGACUUUAUUUUUCUAGUGGCAUGUACCUUCAAUCAUCAGCUGUUUAUAUUUCACUUAAUUUUUCAAUUGGUUUUUGGGUUUGGAUACUAUCAGGCUCAGGCGAUAUUUUAGCAAAUAGCUCAGGGUAUAAAAUAACGAUAUCUGCAAAUGGUGUUCUAACGAUUAUAUUAGAGAAUAGACUAGAAGCCACUACAACGGUAACAACUGCAGCUUUAAAUCCAUCGAACUCAGCCUGGGUCUACAUUUCUUUUGCGACCUCAUUUUCUUCAUCUACUUUAUCAACAACUAUUGUCCCGUAUUUGAACAAUUCGCCGAAAACUUCUAUUACGACUAAUCAAUAUAUAUACAGAGAUGCAACAAAUAAUGCAAUAAUCCUUGGCAAGAGUUCUUCAAGCAAUUUCUUAGGGUAUAUUUAUCAGUUCACUCUAUGAAAUGUUGCUGUCUCAAAUUUCAAUACACAAUAUAGUUCAGGCAUGAUUUUAGGUCAGGUUUCCAAGCCUUUUAGAGGGUAAAAAUAAGCAAGUUUUUAUUGAUAACCAAACUCCAGAAAUAAGAAAACCAAGUAGAAUUUACUUGAGUCAUUUACGAAUUGUUAUUUAACAAAAUUUUGCCUGACAGCCUGAAUAUUUUACCUGCUAGAAUUAUUGAAAAGCUAAGCUAAGUCUUACUCGAUCUAUAUUCAGAUCAAAUAUGUGGCACAGGAGCAACAGCUAGCUGCCUUUGGACUUGUCCUUUAUCUCAAUGAAUGGAUGGAGCCACACCUACAAACUGCAAUUCAUGCACAAAUGGUUGUGUCAGAAAUGUCUCUUGCGAUGUUUGCUUUGAUCCUCUUUGUAGUGUAUGCACAGGAUUUUUAACAGGUCUUUGCACACAAUGUGUUUCCAAUGCGUCUGGAACUCCUUGCACUUGCAAUGCUGGUUAUGUGGCUUCUACUGAUGGGUUUUCUUGUGUACCAUGCUUUACUGGAUGUGCUUCUUGCACUGGGACUCUUUAUUACCAUUGCAGCUCUUGCUUCUCUAGCUAUUAUUUAUUGAAAACAAUGUGUCUUACUUAUUGCCCUUCAGGCUAUACUGCAGAUUCUUCAGGACAUUCUUGCACUCUAUCUGCAUCCAAUCCUUUAAGCGUCUAA